AUGUAUGACUCUCAGAUUAGCAUUGAUGCUAAUGUAGCUUAUGUUUUAAGGAAUGGAGAUUGGUAUUGGAAACCUGCUCGGUCUGAAGAGUUAGUCACUAUCCAGAGUAGGUUGCCGAAAAUUGUUAUAGGAGCUUCUGAUAAUCCGGUUUGGACUGUAGCUCGUAAAGAAACUUAUGUGAGUUCAAAUACCUGGAAUGCUUUGAGGAAGAAGAAAUCGGAGGUUAGUUGGUGGCCUCUCAUUUGGUUUCCUUAUGCAAUUCCCAAGCAAGCUUUCUUGAUGUGGUUGGCUGUGAGGAACCAUCUUGCUACUGGAGAUAGGCUCACGGCUGUAGGCAGUGGAAAACAAAGAGAAUGUGGGGUGUUCUUUGCAGAUUAG